AUGCACCCUCGACUAUACUGUCUUCUGUUUGCUGGUGCACGGCUAUCCCUUGCCGCCCAAGUGGGAUAUUUCGACUCCACCAAAUGCGCAGAUGCUUCUGGGUUCGCCACGUGCUACGACGAUGCAGAUGAAUGGUGGGCCGACUGUAUCAACAAGAAUUGCGCAGGUCAAAACAUUGAUUGCCAUAAUGCCUGCGAGUGUGUUCGGCAGGGAGCCUACACGCGGUGCGCAGUGAGUUCUUGCUGGAACAUGGUCUACAGCUGCGAGUACCAACUUCAGGUCGCCGACAAGAUGGAUUCUUGUAUUAAACCCGACCUCGAUCAGACCCCUUUCUGGCCACCGCCCGAUAAUGCGAACGGACGCUGCUCGUGCAAUAUUGGCAAAAUAACGACCGCUCAGGUACUCACAAAUGAAGUGGUUGCUUGGUGUGGGGAUCUGGUCGAUCCAUUCACUCAAUCCAGUAGCGAAAUUGAGAGCAUUGGAAAGGCGUGUCUGUGCUGCGGAUACAGCGGCUUACUCUCCAGUUUGGCGUCAUUCUGUCCCAAGCUCGACCCUGCAGAGCUUAAGAUGGAUGGGUUGGAGCAGCUUCUGGCAAACCAUACUUCCAGCUUGGACUGGAAUAAGUGCGCCCAGUAUAUGAGUGGUCAUGAUUGCGCUGCGGACUUCAAAUAUCCUAGCUCCAUUGAAAAAUACUAUGGACCUGGUCAGAUUCCAAAGGGAGGGACAGAGACAUUGCACAAUAUCAAUGCACUCACAACCCCUGUCAGUGCGACUGUGACAUUCACCAUGGGAACUCUGCUAUUGCCCGUUACCGCUGUCUCAACUAGCCCCUUGAUGCCCACGGCGUCCAGCGACAAUGGCAAAAGUAGUGACAGCAGCAAAAGCAGUGAUUCGAACAACGACAACAAGGAUAGCACCCAGGGAAAUUCGGGUGGCGAACAGGCAACACCUACACAAAACACCAAAGGCAAUACGGCUGUCCAUCAGAUAGCUACUCACCCUUUACUUGUUCUGGCUGUGGUGAUUAGACUCGGCAUCGUGUGGCUCUUGUGA